GAAUUAGCUACCGUAGCACAAGAUGUUAUCAGCAAGCAACAAACAUGAUUUAACUCCGAAAGAAACUUUGUUUAUUGCAACAGAAUGUCAUCUUGCAUCACUCCAAGAUAAUGAUGGUGACACGCCUCUUCACAUAUCUAUAGUGAGACACGACACACAGAAAAGCUUGGAACUUAUUCGAUUGUUUCAAAUUUCAAGAAAGAACAUUGAUAUUUUAAACCGAUUGAUGCAAACCCCACUUCAUUUGGCGGUAAUUACAAGCCAAUGUGAGGUGGUUGAUGGUUUAUUGAACUGUGCAGCAAAUCCGAAUGUAUUGGAUAGAUUUGGUUGCAAUGUUGCUCAUAUUGCUGCAAAAUACAACUCAUUAACAUGCCUUCAAUCUGUUUUUAAAUAUUCAAAGUUUCCGUUGGAUAUCGAAAAGAUCAAUUUGGAAGGUGUCACGGCUUUACAUGUUGCUGUACAAAACAAUUCAAUCAAUGUGCUCAAGCAGUUGUUGCAACACGGUGCCAAUAUAGAUGUGAAGGACAACAAAAGUGGACGCUCAGCGCUUAUAUAUGCAAUUGAAUCUGACAAUGUUAUUAUUGUGGAGUUAUUACUUGAGCAAGGUGCAAGUGUGUGUGAACAAACAUACAGUGGUGAUACAGCUCUUCAUAUUGCAAGUGGUCGUGCUGUACAAAGUAUUAUUCGUCUUUUAUUAAGAAAAGGAGCAGACGCAACAAACCGAAAUCUUCCAAAUGAGGAUCUUCACUUUUUUAGUCCUGAUUCUCAGCUUCAGACGUUGCAGAUGAUACAAGCUGGUAUGACCAAUGGAGAUAAACAAAAUGCACAACUAAUGCGAAGUAUGAGUUGUCCAACAACUCCAUCUGAACCAAAAUCCAUGUCACAUAAAUCAAUAAUGGGAAAACAUCAACUUGAAAAUGAAAAUCAAGAUGAGAGCGAAAUUUCAAUCAAGAGAAACAGACUUGAAGUCCUUAAAAAAGAAAUGAAUUCUCAAAUUCUUGGUUCAUCUGGUUCUACAAUCUCCACGAAUAAAACUGAAUUAAACGAGGAUUCAACCACAGACAAGCGUUCCAUCUUCCCUUGCAUAAAACCAUUUGGGUUUUCAAGUUAUUCGUCCAUCUUACCUCCCCCUCCCCCCAUCUUAUCAUCAGGAAGAGCUGCUUAUCUUCCCCCACAAUUUUAUAAAGAAGAAUUAUUCAGAAAGUGCAUCCAAGAUAGAAAUGUUAUGAAGACGAGUGUUUCUCCGUUCCUUAUUAUUCCGAAGCAGGAAAAAGAUGUUUCUCCAACAACAAGUGAAGCUCCAAUUCCAUCUCCAACAUCUACAUGUAAUGAAUAUAAAAUUGAAAAUUGUCAAAGUGAUGUUCGUGGUCAGAUUAUACCAAAACAAGAAGGUAAAACAUCUCCUGCGUUAACUAAGCCCACUCUACCAAUCAUGACUCAAUAUAGAAGACAAGCUGAGCGUUCCAUGUCACUACCUGGAAGUCCAAACCCUUCAGAUGAAGCUUUGUUCCAAGUUGCAAGGGAAGGACUUGCAGUUGCCGCGAUGCCUUCGUUGUCAACAUCCAACUCUUUAGAUUUUAUAACUCAAGCCAACACUGUUCCAUCGAAAAUUCGACCAGCUAGACAAGCAGAGAUAAAAUCAAAAACAAAUGAACUGCAGAAACUUGCAUUGCAAGGGUUAGCUGUUGCUGCCAUGAAAGAAAUGAAACAUGAAAUCGUUGAAAAGUCACGUGGCACCGAGUAUAAUGAAAUCUACCGACGACCACUUGAACACUUUAUUUCUAAAGAUGGAAGAAAAUCAAGUACUUCGUUUGGUAUUCCUUCACAACUGCAAGGCACAGCAAGACAAUCUCCAAUUGAACCAUCACUUCUUCUCCUUGCACAAGCCAGUGUUGUUCAACCAGGUGUAGCCCAAGCUAUAUCUGUAUUUAAUGGAAAUGUUAAUGAAACUGUAGCAGAUGAUGCAUCAAGCAAGCGUGAAGAUCAUCAAAUAUCAGUUGAAACAAAACAGAGUCUUCGAGAAGUCAUUUUGGAAAAGAAAAAGUCAAUGGAACCAAAGAUUCCUGUUUCGUACACAACAGUACAAACUGCAUCCAACCAAACACAUAUUAGUGUUGAGAUUGUGAGACCUAAUAUACCAACAUCGCUUGAAACCAAUGUCAAAACAGAAAACACAGAGGAUGUAACGGUUCCACUACAACAAAACGAAAGUUUAAAAUCUGCUUCAUCCGAAACUUCUGCAACAGAUGAUUCCUUGCAAGACAUCCGUCAACGACUUGUUCAGUUAAAUUAUGAAAUCCAACAUUUGUUAAGUCCUUCUUCUGAUCGACCUAACCCUGCAGAUACUCAGCAAAGAAUGUCGACUUAUUCUGCGGAAUAUGCACGACUUUGUCAGAAAGCAAAGGAAUUGAGCAAGAACACGAUGGUUUCAGCUGAGCCAGUGGAAACAUCUGCAGCUUAUUCACCUCAAAAACCAGUAAAUCCAUUGUAUCCAGUUGCGUCUAUACGACCGGUUCAUCAGACAGUGUUUCCCCACUCACCACAGUUGGUGUUACAUCCUCAACUUAUGAGUCCACAACUCCCAAUGCCAUUACAUUAUCCUUAUAUGGUACCAAACUAUUCAGUAAUGCCAGGUAAACAUUACCCAUCACCUAUGUAUUAUCUUGAUUAUAGAAGACAAGUGCCAACCAUGCCUACCACCCAUUUGUGGCAAAAUCCUGUUACUUCCGUACCUCAAAAAUCAGCAGUCGUUGCUACAGUUAAAGUAUUAAACACUCACGCUAAAAAAUCUUUCAAACCGGGACAACCAAGUUCAGAAACUGAUGAAGCAAAACUAAUUAAACCAGUUCACCAAGUUCCUAACUUUCCACAAGAAAGCUACGCACUUCCUCAGUCAAGUCAAACUGUAUCGAUGACCACAGCUCAUACCACCACAACAAGCAUUUUACAUAAGAAGCCCAUGGCAGCUGUGAUUGCCAUACCAAAACUAGAGGUAGGGGAAGAUCAACCUUUGAACUUGUCCAAGAAGGAGGAACAACCCCUCAAUCUUCAAACUUCUGGUUGGAAUUCACGGAUGACACACACAUUAUCUACACCGUCUGCUGUUGAAAGUGCUUCUUCGAAAAUGCAAUCAUACUAUAAGUAACAAAUUAAAGAUAUAUGUGUGAAAUUCAGUAUAUGAACCAGAUCUUAAAAAGUGUUAAAGGUAACCAAGAACUGCAGAAGUUCAACUCAACUGAAACUUCUACUUUUUUUUAAGAAUUAGAACGUCUCAACACAAUAUGGCUGAGUGGCGUGAUGAACAAACUGUUGUUAUUGUAUAACAGUGUAAAAUAUGCAAUUGCACAUCUGAUCAAAAAGCAGAUAGAUAUUUAAUGAUACAAUGUUUAUUUAUUUAUUUUGUAAUACAUCAUAUAUAUUUAGUAAUAGUAACAGUGGAAUGACACUCAAUGAAGAUGUGAUUAUCGUUUCGAUAAAAACACAUAUAAAAUAACAAAUUUAUGUUUUUUUCUUUUGCCAUAUUGACAUGAUACAGCUAUGGUUUGAUGAUUGUAGCUUUUAUAUGUAACUGAUUUUGUAAAAUCCUGUAGUUUAUGUUAUAUUAAAGUUUCAUAAAUUAAAUUUGGUUACUU